CAGGCUCUAACACCUCGCGACCGGAUUCCGGGAUCGCCGCUCCUCCCCCUCAAAGGGUUACAACAAAAGAAAGAAGAGAGGGAUUGGAGGGACAACCAGACGGAAGGAAAGAGCCAAUAGUAUUCCUUUCCUUUGCGCAUGCUUGUUAGGAAUGGCCGGGGUCGAACGGGAGAUAAAAUCCAGUUCUCCAUAUUUUACUGCUGCCUGGGACCGCCACUAAAAUAGAACUGUUCAGGAAAACGAACGCGGUGAGAGGGCGGCCUGGGGCAGGGCUAAAAAGCUGCUGAUAAAACCCGGAGAAAUGGAGCCAGUCUCAGGAGGCGAUGGCACGGCUUUGGACAUGCGCAGUAGGCUUUCCACGGGUUCGGGUCCCGGGGUCGGAGGGUCGGGCAGUGAGUCCAAGGGACUCGCUUGCUCCAGCGUCAUGUCGUCCAUAGGCGACUGUGAGUUUCUGGUGCAGCGAGCCCGGGAACUGGUGCAGCAAGAUCUGUGGGCGGCCAAGGCCUGGCUUAUUACCGCGCGCAGCCUCUACCCGGCCGACUUCAAUAUCCAGUAUGAGAUGUAUAUCAUCGAACGGAAUGCAGAGCGGACAGCUUCAGCUGGAAGGCUUCUAUAUGACAUGUUUGUGAAUUUCCCAGACCAACCAGUGGUAUGGAGAGAAAUCAGUGUGAUCACUUCUGCAUUACGGAAUGAUUCCCAGGAUAAGCAAACUCAGUUUCUAAGAGGUUUAUUUGAAACUCUUCCUGGUCGGGUACAAUGUGAGAUGUUACUAAAGGCCACAGAACAAUGCUUUAAUACACUGGAGCGAGCUGAAAUGUUACUUCUCCUUUUGAGGCGUUUCCCUGAAACAGUUGUACAACAUGGGGUUGGCCUUGGUGAAACAUUGUUGGAAGCUGAAAAUAUUGAUGAACAAGAAUCCCCUGUCAACUGCUUUAGAAAAUUAUUUGUUUGUGAUGUCCUUCCUUUAAUAAUUAAUAACCCUGAUGUUAGGUUACCUGCCAGCCUAUUAUAUAAGUAUUUGAACAAAGCAGCUGAAUUUUACAUUAAUUAUGUCACUAGGUCUACUCAGAUGGAAAAUCAGCAUCAAGCUUUACCAGUGUGUGACCUUGGACCAAAGACUUCGGGACCUCCAUGUCCUAAUCUUUCAAAUGAAGGAGCCCAAGAUACACCUGAUCUUAUGUCCCCAAGCAAGCGUAGUUCUCAGAAGUACGUUAUAGAUGGCCUGACUGAAAAGUCAUCCCAGAUUGUAGAUCCUUGGGAGAGAUUGUUCAAAAUUUUAUCUGUCAUAGGAAUGAGGUGUGAAUGGCAAAUGGAUAAAGGAAGACGAAACCUUGGUGACAUUUUACAUAGAAUGAAAGACCUCUGCAGAUACAUGAAUAAUUUUGACAGUGAAACACACACGAAGUAUAAAAAUCAAAUUGUAUACUCCACAAUGCUAGUCUUCUUUAAGAAUGCAUACCAAUAUGUUAGUAGUAUACAGCCGUCUCUCUUCCAAGGUCCUAAUACCCCUAGUCAAGUUCCAUUGGUUCUUCUUGAGGAUAUAUCAAAUGUGUAUGGUGAUGUAGAAAUAGAUCGUAACAAACACAUACAUAAAAAGAGGAAACUUGCAGAAGGAAGAGAAAAAACUAUGAGUUCUGAUGAUGAAGAAUGUUCAGGGAAAGGAAGAAGCCGGCACAUUGUAGUUAAUAAAGCAGAACUUGUCAAUUCAAUUGAAGUCCUGGAAAGCUUCAAAUUGGCACGUGAUAGCUGGGAGCUGCUUUAUUCCCUAGAUUUCCUUGACAAGGAAUUCACAAGAAUAUGUUUAGCAUGGAAAACAGAUACCUGGCUUUGGCUACGAAUUUUUCUCACUGACAUGAUUAUCUAUCAGGGGCAGUAUAAAAAGGCAAUAGCCAGCCUACAUCAUUUAGCAACUCUUCAGGGAUCACAUCCUCAACAACAGAUUACCGGACAAGGGACCCUAGAGCAUCAAAGAGCACUCAUUCAGUUAGCAACUUGCCACUUUGCUCUUGGAGAGUACCGUUUGACAUGUGAAAAAAUUCUGGAUCUUAUGUGCUACAUGGUACUUCCCAUUCAAGAUGGAGGAAAACCUCACGAGGAACCUUCCAAAGUAAAACCCAAGUUUCGAAAAGGAUCAGAUCUGAAGCUUCUGCCUUGUACUAAUAAGGCUAUUAUGCCUUAUUGCCUCCAUUUAAUGUUAGCCUGUUUUAAGUUACGAGCUUUCACAGAUAACAGGGAUGAUAUGGCACUGGGUCAUGUAAUCGUGUUGCUUCAGCAAGAGUGGCCACGUGGAGAGAACCUGUUUUUGAAAGCUGUCAAUAAAAUUUGUCAGCAAGGCAACUUUCAGUAUGAGAAUUUUUUCAACUAUGUUACAAAUAUAGACAUGCUGGAGGAAUUUGCCUAUUUGAGGACCCAGGAAGGUGGGAAAAUCCACUUGGAAUUACUGCCCAAUCAAGGAAUGUUGAUCAAGCACCACACAGUAACCAGGGGUAUCACCAAAGGUGUAAAAGAAGAUUUCCGCCUGGCUAUGGAACGCCAGGUAUCCCGCUGUGGUGAGAAUUUGAUGGUCGUACUUCAUAGGUUCUGCAUUAAUGAGAAAAUCUUGCUGCUUCAGGCUCUGGCCUAAAUGAAAUGAUUCCCAUGAGCACAGUUUUCUUUACUAGAAGUUGUGAUCAAUAAUAGUGAGGCUUUAUGACUGAAAAGAAAUCAUCUGAAUGCUAACUUUAGUUGCUUUUAAUGUGGAAUACAAAAGUCUAAGAAGGUAUUUCUAUUUUUAAAUGUCAUUUUUUGUAACUUUUAUAAAAGGAGAGUGAAAUCAUUUUGUAAAUAAAAACCAUCCUUAAAAAACUUAA